UUCCUUUAUCAUUAACUUUACUUGUGGGAGGAGUAGGGUCCGUAUCAGGGUUACAAAACGUGAAGAUUUAAUUGAAAAAACACUCUGAUUCCUGCUUCAUAGUUGGAAUACUUACAUAUUGUAACUUUUGGAGGAGUGAUGUAUCGGCGACCAUUGCAGUCCAUCGUAAGGAACAUUAUAAAUGUGUCAUCAUCAAGAGCCACCCUCGGAAAGAAUGCUCCCUCCCCGACACUCUCAACUCUUGGUUCCUGGUGGCACAGCUCCAUGUCUGCAUAAAGUACUCUGUAGCCAAGUAGUGUGGACACCAGCUUAUAUCAUCUGUGUUGGUGAACCUUUCCCGCAUCUGAACUGGCUGACACAGAGGGCACAGCAUGAUCAUAGGAUGUGUCUGGUGCGGAUGAGGCCGUGAGGGGAAGUACAUGUGCCACAUCGUCCACUCAAUGUGGGAGGAUGUGGAGCAAAGGAGCAAGACAUGGGAGUAUGUCCCUUAAACUCCCUCAUGUCUUUAGCGGUCUAAAAUCUGGUUCCGUAUCUAUCAAGCGACUAAAAGUAGCAGUGCUACUCUAGGAUCAGGGCCCCUCUGCCCAUUUAAUCUUAUUCAUUAUGACCUAAAAGGCUAAACUGAUCCUAUAAUCGGACAGCUAAUAAUGGCUCCACUUAGCCUUCUGAUUGGCAAGAUGGAGUUUCCACCAUUUUUGCUUGCUCAAUACUCAUGCAGUAAUUUCAAAUCAAGGCUACAUUACAUAUUGGAUAUCUCCAUUGAAUCAGUGUGCCGAAAAGGUACCAAUAAAAGGGACAGAGGGUUGGGCGGUAUCCAGAUUUUCAUAUCGUGUUAAUCCCGGGAUGAAAGAAGGAUGUUCUUUCAUCCCGGGAUUUACAGUAUUACCGGCUUAGUACACAUGGUGCGCCAAAAAACAAAAAGGCCAUUGGGCGUCUAUUACCAGAAUGCUAACAAAAUUAGCACAAGUAAUAGUGAAGUUCCAUGGAGACUGCUAACGAGUGCAAACGAAAAUAAACUUUUUGCAAAGACGGGCAAUACAGCUCAUAAAGUUAUACAUACACUGCAUGACCAAAAGUAUGUGGACACUUGCUCUUCGAACAUCUCAUUCCAUAAUCAAUCAAAUCAAAAUCAAUCAAUCAUAGCUGGAACUAAUGAAAACAGCCAGAGACCAUUAUUCCUUCACCUAACUUUACAGUUGGCACUGUGCAUUGGGGCAGGUAGCGUUUUCCUGGCAUCCGCCAAACCCAGAUUCGUCCGUUGGACUGCCAGAUAAGCGAGUUUUAUCACUCCAGAGAACAUGUUUCAACUGCUCCAGAUUCCUAUGGAGGCGAGCUUUACACCACUCCAGCCGACGCUUGGCAUUGCGCACGGUGAUCUUAGGCUUGUGUGCGUGUGGCUGCUCGGCCAUGGAAACCCAUUUCAUGAAGCUCCCGACAAACAGUUAUUGUGCUGACGUUGCUUCGGUGCCACGUUGGAAGUCACAAGGAAUGACUCUUUUUACGCAACACCUGUCAAUACACAGCUGGACCGCUUUCUCCCAUUGUGCUAUUUACAAACAAACGUGACUGGCUCAACUGUUCUGGGGAACUACGGUGAGCUUCAUAAUGUAAAAUAUUGUGACUAGUGAAAAGAAGAAUGCUUUAUAUCCUAACUGCAGUUGACUGCAGGUAUUUACUUAAAGAGUAGCAACAAAUAUGUUUAUUUUUUAAACUUCAAAGAAAUAGAUUUGACAGUAUUGAAAAACCAUCCCAUGGCUAUUUCCAAAAGGCGGUAAAUUAGUUAAUAGACCAAUAACAAAGUGUUCCGAACUUCUCUGCCAAUAACAGCUAGUUAGUAUUACUUAUUUUUCUCAAAAAGGUAGUGGUCAAAAUUGACACCCCUGUUUUCAAUACCUCACCUUGCGAGGAUAACGGCACUGGAACAUAAUUUUUUUGUUGUUGUUUGAUAACACAUUGGGAGGGAUCUUCGACCAUUCCUAAAUACAUAAUUCUUCCAGAUUCUUUAUAUCCUUUGUCUGGGCUUAUGGACUGCCCUCUCCCAUUGAAAACCUGUGGUUUGAAUGGGUUUCAAGUCGGCCGACUGAGAUGGUCAACGGCAUCAUGAACUUUACCCAGUACCAUGACAUUUUAGCCAAAACCCUGGUUGCCUCUACUAGGAGGCUGAAACUUUAGUAGGCUAUUAGACCCCAUCAUUAUAAAUCAGCUGGGCUUGACAAUCUGGACCCUCUAUUUCUGAAACUAUCCGCCGCCAUUGUCGCAACCCCUAUUUACCAGCCUGUUCAACCUCUCUUUCAUAUCGUCUGAGAUCCCCAAGGAUUGGAAAGCUGCCGCAGUCAUCCCACUCUUCAAAGGGGGAGACACCCUGGACCCAAACUGUUACAGACCUAUAUUCAUCCUGCCCUGCCUAUCUGUCUUUGAAAGCCAAGUCAACAAACAGGUCACUGACCAUCUCGAAUCCCACCGUACCUUCUCCGCUGUGCAAUCUGGUUUCCGAGCCGAUAAAGCUCCGCCUUAUCUCUGUUCACUGGUCACGAUGGCAACACCCAUCCGUAGCACGCGCUCCAGCAGGUGUAUCUCACUGAUCAUCCCUAAAGCCAACACCUCAUUUGGCCGCCUUUUGUUCCAGUACUCUGCUGCCUGUGACUGGAACGAAUUGCAAAAAUCGCUGAAGUUAGAGACUUUCAUCUCCCUCACCAACUUCAAACAUCAGCUAUCUGAGCAGCUAACCGACUGCUGCAGCUGUACAUAGUCUAUUGGUAAAUAGCCCACCCAUUUUCACCUACCUCAUCCACACACUGUUUUUAUUUAUUAACUCUUCUGCUCUUUUGCACACCAAUAUCUCUCUACCUGUACAUGACCAUCUGAUCAUUUAUCACUCCAGUGUUAAUCUGCAAAAUUGUAAUUAUUCGCCUACCUCCAUGGCUUUUGCACACAUUGUAUAUAGACUCCCCUUUUUUUCUACUGUGUUAUUGACUUGUUAAUUGUUUACUCCAUGUGUAACUCUGUUGUCUGUUCACACUGCUAUGCUUUAUCUUGGCCAGGUCGCAGUUGCAAAUGAGAACUUGUUCUCAACUAGCCUACCUGGUUAAAUAAAGGUGAAAUAAAAAAUAAAUAAAAUAAAAUCAAAGCGCUGAGACUGCAUUUGUGAAGGUGGUAAAUUACCUUUUAAUGGCGUCAGACCAAGGCUCUGCAUCUGUCCUCGUGCUCCUAGACCUUAGUUCUGCUUUUGACACUAUCAAUCACUGCAUUCUUUUGAAGAGAUUAGAAACUCUAAUUGGUCUACAUGGACAGGUUCUUGCUUGGUUUAUAUCUUCUCUGUCGGAAAUAUGUCAGUUCGUCUCUGUAUGGUUUGUCCUCUGACAAAUCAAUUGUAUUUUUCAGCAUUCCUCAAGGUUCCAUUUUAGCACCACUAUUGUUUUCACUAUAUAUUCUACCUCUUGGGGAUGUCAUUCGGAAACACAAUGUCAACUUUCAUUGCUAUGCGGACAACACACAGCUGUACAUUUUGAUGAAACAUGGUGAAUCCCCAAAAUUGCCUACCCUGGAAGCAUAGCAUGCAUAUCAUCACAUUUGCAUAGAGCAGAAUAGUAGGCAUUUACAGAAGUUACACACAUGGGGAUAUUUUUUUGUAGCUUAAGGUUCAGGUUUUUUUGUGGCUUUUUAUAAAUUCUAUAUACACAUGACUGGAGACUUUGGCAGAAUCGUUUUUAUUACUGCACAAAUGAUCGAAAUGACAGGCUACUUUGACACUGACAAACU